AUGACCCAAGGCAAGCUCUCUGUGACCUCCAAACCCCCCGAGGGGCAGGCAGAGAAGAAGGACAAUGCGUCGGCUCCACCAGCUCCUCCAUCCUAUGAGGAGGCAACAGCAGGAGAAGGGUUGAAGGCUGGAGCUUAUCGUCCUCCCCCGACGGCUCCACUCCAUCCCAGCUGGGCCUACGUCGACCCCAGCAGCAGCCCAAGCUAUGGCAGCAGUGGGUACCCAGGGGACACGGAGAUGCUCACCACCUUCAGCUGGGACGACAGGAGCGUGCGCAGGGUCUUCAUCAGGAAGGUUUAUGCCAUUCUGAUGGUCCAACUCUUGGUCACGGUGGUUAUUGUGGCUUUCUUCACCUUCUGUGAACCCGUCAAAGGUUAUGUCCAGACGCACUCGGCCUUGUACUGGGCUUCCUAUGCUGUUUUCUUUGUCACCUACUUGAUCCUGGCCUGCUGCUCCGGCCCCAGGAGGUACUUCCCAUGGAAUCUCAUCCUGCUCAGCAUCUUUACGCUCUCCAUGGCUUACCUCACGGCCAUGCUCUCCAGCUACUACAACACCAAAUCCGUUCUGCUGUGCCUGGGGAUCACAGCCCUCGUGUGUCUCUCCGUCACCAUCUUCAGCUUCCAGACCAAGUUUGACUUCACCUCCUACCAGGGAGUUGUCUUCGUGAUGCUCAUGGUUCUCUUCUUCGGGGGCAUCAUCUUGGCCGUGAUCCUGCCCUACCAAUACGUCCCUUGGCUCCAUGCCAUCUAUGCCCUCCUUGGUGCCAUCAUCUUCACCAUGUUCCUGGCCCUGGACACGCAGAUGUUGAUGGGAAACCGUCGCUACUCGCUGAGCCCUGAGGAAUACAUCUUUGGAGCCCUCAACCUCUACCUGGACAUCAUCUACAUCUUCUCCUUCUUCCUGCAGUUCUUUGGCUCCAGCCAGGAUUGA